UAUAUUUAUUUUUUUAACAAAAUAAGCUAUAUACUUACAAUUACAUCAUAGACAAAACAACAGAACUGUAAUAGAUUAAAAUAUUUACAAAAAAACUAUUAGACCUAGUUUUUUUAAUUGAAUUCACGACUAUUUACCUAUUUCUAUAUAUCAUAUAUGUUUCAAAGUCAAGAAAUAUCCUUCCAAGCGGUUUACUUGAGUUGUGUAGAUAUGUGGGAUCUCUCUGCAUCUUCUAACGCAUUUAACAUGGAGAAUUCAGAGUUGUUCGGAUUAAUACCUGCAGUUCAGUUUCCCACCACUAACCAAUUCGAGUUAGGGUCCUUCAAGAAAAGAGCGUACCAAUUCUUAAAAGGCCGGCAAUGCAUUUGCGAGCCUUCUGCUGUAAAAUAGGUAACGUAUAUUUUUCCCACUGACUCAUUGAAUAAUGGGGUUAUUUUCAGUAAUGCUUGCUGUAUGCCUCCUUUUAUACAUUUUAACACCAGUUUUAUCGGACUAUUAUAACCCUCGAUAUGACGACUUUGACAUCAACCCACUAAUAGAAAACGAAAGGAUACUAGUGAGCUACUCCAAAUGCUUUCUCGACCAAGGUCCGUGUACACCGGAAGCAAAAGAUUUUAAAAAAGUUAUACCGGAAGCAUUAGAGUCCUCUUGUGGGAAAUGCUCCCCAAAACAGAAACAGCUUAUCAAAACGGUAAUAAAAGCUAUAAUGGCGGCUCUGCCUGAUACUUGGGACCAGCUCGUGAAUAAAUAUGAUGGAGAGAAAAAAUAUAGGGAAGCAUUCAAUAAAUUUAUUGAAGAGAAAGAUAGAAAGUAAUACUUUUCAUAUGCUUGUAAACAAAAAUUAUGAUCCAUUUCCAUAGACCCUCCAAUAGACAUGUUUUUACGCCUUUAUAGAUGUAUAACGUUGCAAUAAAUAAGUAAUUAAUAUCGAGGACAGAAUUUUAAAUAUUUAC